AUGAAAACAUGUGGCUCAGAAAGAUGGACUCAACAUCGAAACCUUCGUCCACCGCUUGUUCGUCGUCCUCAUAAAUUUCCCGGCAACGAAAAGUUUCGAUUCACAACCGAAACCGCUGAACCACCGAUCGGACAGUUUCUCGUACUGUUGUCUUCUGGACAUCCCUUCCUCACUCUGCACACCGAUGCUACUCGAACGGAAACUCCAAAACCAUCAGAACGAACAACAGAGAAAAUCGAAAGAGGAGAAUACUAA